AUGAGUAUAAUGAAUGCCUCCAAACCUGCGUCCAAGUUGUCUUCUGACGGCUUGCUCGCUGAAAAUGCACCUCAACUACUGUCGGCCCUCGGCCACGAUUGCCAAGACACACCAAUACGAGAGCUUUGGAAUGUGGCAUACGAAAACUUGCGAAAAGAAGAUGCUAAGCUAGUCGACAAAUACGAGGCCAGUCUUCAACAGUGCCUGCCGUCAGACUUGGAAAAUGUUGGCAGAAGAGAAUGGAUGGACGCCAUACUUAAGCAUAAGAUGCGAGAGACACAAGCGAAUAUCUGGAAAUUGACAUUCAGACGCUCAGAAGUUCAGCUCACCGAGGUCAUUCAAAAAGUCUUGGGAGUACUCAAAUUAGUGAAUGACUUUGUUACCGCUGCUGUCAGUUCCAACCCAUCUGCAUCUCUAGCCUGGGCUGGCGUUGGCGUAUUGUUGCCGCUUUUUUUGAACCCCAUAGAGCAGGCUUCGGGCCUAGCGGAUGGAUUGGAGUACAUUUCAUCGCUCAUUGUCCAAAGUCGAAUGCGAGAAGACCUAUAUCAUCGGCGCUACGAAUCAAACAGCCCCUCUGAAACAUCUCCAACACAUAAAGCCAUUUAUAAGAAUACUUUAGAAGAGUUGUAUCGACAAAUAUUAAGAUUCCAAGUGGCAAGCUAUUGCUACUACACCCAUAAUGACGCCUCACGUUUUGGCCGCGAUUUCAUCAAACGAGACGAUUGGAGUGAUAUGAUAGGAAAGAUUCGCACCCAGGACUCCCAUUUCAUCAAGAUCAAUGAGCUUUGGCGCGAAAACCAGUACAUUGAUGAAUGCGUGGCGGCGCAACAGCGGCACCAGGAGAGCAUUAACAGUUUAACAGUAGUUGGCGCAGAGCUUUCUGGCCUCAAAAAAGCAGUAGAUGAUGCUAAUUCUAAGAAUGAUCAUCGAGAUCUAAUGCGUUGGAUGUCUGACCUCGACCCAUCGCCAAUUUACAACUCUGCUCUGAACAGGCACGAAGCUGGUACAGGCGAGUGGCUGCUCAGAAGGAAUGGAGAGUUUUCUACCUGGAUAAAGAGCUCUAAUUCCUUUAUAUGGCUGCAUGGAAAAGAUAAAUACGACAACGAUUCAUCAGUCGCCGUCGCCUACUUUUAUUUUACUUUUAGCGAUUCGAAAAAACAAGAAAGAGACGUCAGAAAGCUAAGGGAAUACAAGAAUCAAGACACACAGCCACCUACUAGCAUUCUUGAGCAGAGUUUAUUAGAUGUCAUAUGCGGAUUCUCAGCAACAUAUCUGGUAAUUGAUGCUCUGGACGAAUGUCCAAAGUUCAAGGGCGAACGGUCAGAGCUUAUGAAGAGUCUGAAUCGCAUUCUUACAGCUACAGCCGCGGCCACGACAAGCAAUCUCCAUCUAUUCUGUACAAGUCGAAAAGAAUUGGAUAUUGAAAUUGAGUUCCGAGAUCAUUUAUCCAAGCCAGAGGGUGCGGAGAUUGACCUAUCUUGUUGCAGAGAGGAGAUGGAGCAAGAUAUUAGGCAGUAUAUUGAUGUGGCUUUAUCGAGUGCUGACUUUCACUCUUGGCCACCAACUAUUCGAUCGGAGCGGCUCAAAUCAUCAGCUGAGAUCCGAAGAGCUUUGAAGCAGCUACCGCAGGGGCUUGAUGAGACAUAUGAGAGGAUGCUACGAAAUAUAGACCCGGUUUAUCAGCCGCAGGUUGCAAGUUGCCUCAAAUGGCUUGCCUUCUCCCUCACCGUACUGACCAUAGACGAACUCGCUACAAUAUUUAUUCUGCGGCCAGAAACCGACACUAUCAUUGAUGAAGAUGAACGUGUUUUCAGCUCAGAGGAUACUUUGGCAUAUCUGCGCGGACUUGUAAUUGUUGAGAUGGAUAAAAAACAAAGGAAAUUUGUCCGCCUAGCUCAUUAUUCGAUCAAGGAAUAUCUGAUUUCUGGCCGAAUGUGCAAGGAUCUUGCAGCGGCCUUCUCGUUCACCGAUAUUAGCGCCCAUCUCUGGAUUGCGCGUUCAAGCCUCGCCUACGUUCUACAUACGGGCGUUACCUGCAAAAUUGCUGAAAAUGCUGAGGAUUUCAACUCCGAUCAUCGCGAUACGCUAAAAUGGUAUACAGCCCAGAACUGGCCGCGUCAUCUUGAAAUGGUCCCUCGCAAAUCCUGGCCAACUGAAGUUGUUCAACUGGCGAAUUCUGCUCUCUCCAUUCGGAGCAAGGGUCUGAUUAUCACACUCUUGCCGGGCGCCGUGAAAAAUCUCGAUCUCGAAACUCGCAGCGACGAGUUACAGCAUCCGUACUAUUUUACUGCUCUAUCAGGCUACUCUCAACUGACUGAACUAUUGCUCUCGGAUGACUCGAGCACAGGCAAAUACGUAACGCAGGAGGAUAAAGAUACUAUGCUACAGCUCGCAGCGCGGGCAAGCAGCAAAGAACUUGUCCUAACUCUCCUAAAUAGAGGUGCGGCCGCCAACGCAAAAAAGGUUAACCAUGAGUAUGCCAGGAGUGGCGAUGCAUUGCAAGAAGCAAUCCGGCAAGGAGAUUCGGACAUCGUGAGGAUCCUUCUUACUUGGGGUGCCGAUAUAAAUGCACAGCGCGGGGACUGGGGUUCGGCCUUGCAGGUUGCUGCACUGCAGUCCGGAUUGGAGAUGCUGGAGCUUCUCAUCGACUAUGGGGCUAACAUUAACGGCCCCUCAAACGCUGCAGGAUGCGUUCUUUCUGUAGCAGCUUCAGAUCACAAGACCACACACCUUGAGUUUUUACUAGCCAAGGGUGCCAACAUCAAUAUGCGUGGCACUGGAGAAAAUGAAACAACGGCGCUUCAUGUAGCGGCAAGAAACGGCAGUUGGCAUAUCUUUGACCUACUGCUACAAAGAGGAGCCGACAUAAAUAUUGGCAGAAAAUAUGGGACUGCUCUUCAUAGACUAGUCGCGUACGGUGACGAUGUGGUCGGCGUGCUUGUUCGAAUGAAGCGCUUGGUUGAGAUGGGCGCUGACCCCAAGGCCCAGUGUGAAGAGUUGGGGACUGCAUUGCAUGUUGCAUGUGGCAACUGGAAUCCUGAAUCUAUUCAGAUCGUACAGUUUCUGUUUGAUAAAGGCGUUGAUGUGAAUAUCGUGGCAGGCGGUUAUGGAACGCCGCUGCAGGCGAUGUGCGCAUCGCAUGGGAAUAUAGAAAUGGCCGAGUUGCUAUUGGCCCACAACGCCGAUGUGAAUCUACAAGGUGGCGAAUACGGCACUGCUCUUCAGGCCGCAUGUUCGAGGGAAAACAUGGGACUGGUGCAGCUGCUGCUUGCUCAUGGAGCCGAUGUGAAUCUACAAGGUGGCGAAUACGGCAAUGCUCUUCAGGCCGCAUGUUCGGGGGGAAACAUGGAACUGGCGCAGCUGCUGCUUGCUCAUGGAGCCGAUGUGAAUCUACAAGGUGGCGAAUACGGCAAUGCUCUUCAGGCCGCAUGUUUGAUGGGCAACAAGAAACUGGCGCAGCUGCUGCUUGCUCAUGGACCUGAUGUGAAUGCCCAGGGCGGAUAUUUUGGCAAUGCGCUGCAGGCCGCAUGUGCUCGCCACCGGCGCCGUUCAGUGGCUAUUGUGCGCUUGCUGCUAGCAAGUGGCGUCGAUGUAAAUGCAGUUGGUGGUGAAUAUGGAACAGCUUUACAAGCCGCGGCAUACAAGUACGUAGGCAGGGAAUCUACGGACUCUAUGGAGACAAUACGUCUCUUACUUGAGCACGGUGCAAAUGUCCACAUCCAGGGCGGUAAGUACGGCAAUGCCUUAAAUGCAGCUACCGCUACUACUUUUCUCAAUCUGGAUAUUCUUCAACUGUUGUUGGACCACGGCGCCGAUGUUAACAAAGUGUCUGGUGAGCGUGGCACUCCCCUGCAUAAUGCCCUCAAUACGUUACGGAUAAGAUGGUUAAGUAGGGGAAGCAAGCUCACAGAAUUGUGUACUGGCAAGAUCCGGCUUCUUCUGGAACAUGGUGCUGAUGUUAAUCUACCGGGCGGCGAGUAUGGCUUGCCUCUUCAAACAGCGUGUGUAAUGGGGAGCUUGUCUCCAGAAAUAUUAUACCAUGUUGUAAGGAUGGACGCAGCAGCCAAGACGAUAAAACUCCUUUUGGACUAUGAACCUCCGACUGAUGUCAACGCUCAUAGUGGAACCUUUGGCACAGCUUUACAGGCAGCAGCGUAUUCGGGUUUGGCAGAGCCGAUAAGCCUGUUAUUAGAGCGAGGUGCUCAAGUCGCCUGUCACGAAUGGUGUGGCAAGUAUGGCUCUGCCUUGAACGCGGCUGUCAUCAAGGGCCACUGGGAUAUUGUGCAUCUCUUACGCGAGGCAGGGGCAAAGCCCGAUUGCUAUUCAAUGCAGACGCCUGAUGAAGAAUGGCUUCUAAAAGUCCGACAGGAAGAUGGUCGAGGGGCGGAAGAGAGAUAUAGGAAGUUCUGGGAAUUAGAGAAGCCGAUACAGGAGCAGACGCUGCUUCAACGACAAAGUCUACUCACUGCAAUCCACUUUUCACGGCUUCUUAUGCCAUUCCAGCUGUUUAUCUCCUUUUUACUGGCAUAUUUCAUUCGCCCAAAUAAAAGAGAGUAA